AUGGAGGAUGAACGGCGACCGGAGUUCCGUCGACAUCAAACAAUACAUAUUCCAGAUAUUCCUGAAGACUUCGACAAAGGUAUAGGGACAGAAAAGCAUGAUGCUGUCAUGUCCAUGCUAGGUCGAGUUUAUCUAGAUGAACAUCGGUUAGAGCAGGCCGAACAGUUAUUUGUAUUGGCAGUAAUGACUGGCAAAAGAACACUCGGGGCGGAUCAUCCUCAUACGCUAGGCAGUAUGCACGACUUGGCAUUAAAAAUUAAAGACCAACAACAGUGGGAGGAGGCCGAGCAAUUGUUUAUACAAGUGAUAGAAACGAAUAAAACGAAGCUCGGGGGGGAUCAUCCUCGUACGUUAAUCAGUAUGCAUUGCUUGGCACUAACGCUUAUGAACCAGCAACGGUUGGAGGAGGCCGAGCAAUUAUUUACACAAGUGAUUGAAACGAGUAGAACUAAGCUCGGGGCGGAUCAUCCUCAUACGUUAAACAGCAUAAACUACUUAGCGUCGACGCUUUUACGCCAAGGAAGAUGGGAGAAGGCCGAGCAAUUGUGCAUACAAGUGAUGGAAACGAGUAAAGCGAAUCUCGGGCCGAAUCAUACUCUUACGUUAAGCAGUAUGGUCAACUUGAGUAUCGUUUGGGAACAUCAAAACCGGACUACUGAGGCUAUCGAAUUGAUUACUCAGUAUAUACAGGCGCGUAAUCGGGUUUUUGGAGCUGAAUAUCCGCAUACUACAUUAAUACUCUCUAUAUUGCAGGAUUGGCAAGCGAAAGAGCUAUAUAACCAUAAAUAUAUCGAAACAUAG